GUUAGUACCCAUUUACAGAUGUCAGGACUUGAAGGCGUAUGCUGUCUAUGAGGACGAUCAUAGUUUCAUUUUAAAACACCUGGAGGCUUCGUUAUCAUUCCUACAGGUGUUCCUGACCAGGCGAGUGUCGUCUUUAACGCUAAACUAGAGCUAGAGAUAUUAUAUGGUCUAUGGUAGUUGAUCACCCGUAGUGAGGGGGUUUGGUUCAGGUCCUUGUAACUGUGAGAGAUUUGUCUGCCGAAGUCAAUUUCAUUCUUCGGGCAUUGCAAAACUGUGAAUGAUUUCCUAUUCUUGUUGUCGUUGGUAUGAUUAAUAAGAAAAUGGCAAAGAGGGCUAACUCUGUACUAAUGAAGACUUAGCGGGUUUUUGGCGCUGGAGGUCAACAAAAACAAUACGAGGCCCGAUUUAGCGGGAAUGAUGUUCGAAACGUGAUAUGAAAUUCAUUUUUGAAGCUAAUAGUGUUUCCUAAUUCCAAUCCAAGUCCUACUCUCGCAGUAAAGAACAAAAAAUCCAGAAAUCAAUAGCACUAGAUAACCCUAAUGCAUAUUCAAGAGAAAAUGGUGAGUCAGUCUCUCUCUCUCUCUCUCUCUCUCUCUUUACCUGUCAAUACAUUUUCAAAAUGAAAAAAGUUAAGUAUAUCUUAGUUUAACCAGACCAUUGAGCUGAUUAACAGCUCUCCUAGGGCUGGCCCGAAGGACUAGAUAUUCUUACUUGGCAAGGAACCAAUUGGUUACCUUGCCAAGUAACAGCUUUUUGUGAGAUCCUAAACGCAUUAUAUGGAGAAAUUAAUUUCUAAUCACCAGAAACAAAUUCCUCUGAUUCCACGUUGGCAGAGCAGAGAGCACGUCAACCGCUCGUCCAACCUAAGAAAUUAUAUACUUCUAUACUGAAAGAUAAAUUGCUUUGCAGCACUUAUACUGAUUUGAAUAUCAACUGACGAUUGACGAGUGGAGUCAAUGUACCGGAAUGUUUUAAGAAAUAGCGGCUGUUAGAGGUAUAUACUCUACAUCAAUGGGGUCCAGUUUAAUCAUUCUCAACUAAGGUCCAAAAUGAAUUACCUGUAGCUUAUGAUUUUCAGACUGUGAAUAGGGAGAUGUGGAGAAGACUCUUAUGCUGCCAAUAUUCGAUGCUGGUCCUGAUGGCGUGUUUGUAUGUGCUUGGCGUAGCAAGGACGUUGCUCAUAGGACGUCUUCCCAGGCCUUUGGAUCCCGGCCAGAGGAUCCAGGAAGAAGCCUCGACAUCGAACGCUUCACUUCCACCUGAGGAGACGCCCCCCCAAAUUCGGCAUCCGUAUUACCUUCCGGAAUGUUACGCCUACGAAGGCCUGAGGGCGAGGUUCACCUGCAGCGACGACAUCCACUCCUUCAGAAAUUACUCCUACGACGACAUUUUGGAAUGCGCCUCUGAUCUGUGGGAGGUCAUCAGGAACAGAAGCAUCCCCAACCCUUGGAAAACUCCUGGGUCUUCCUCAUCUGUUCCUUCGCCUUCAGCACCGGACGCCCUGGCUGCAUCACAGCGACCAUCGGUGCACUUGGUCAUGGCAGGAGAUUCUCAUAUCAGAAAUAUCUUCGAAGUCUUCUUAAGGCGUAUGGCGAAUCCUCGGGUCAAGUACCGAACUGCUAGAAUGGAAGAGAAUGACUGGAGGGACUCUGAGGACCUUUUUGCAUCAUGGAAGUGGAACACCCACGAAUUCUUCCACGAGCUCCUUCAUUUAGACGUUCCACUGAGGAUCACCUUCUACUGGGAUCCUUUCCUGGAAACGCUUCCCCAAUUAUUGUCCUCCUGGACGGCUGGAAAUGACAGCAAUCCAACCUAUUUACUCAUAGGUUCAACGCUGCAUUACAUGGAAAAAACCAAAACGAUUUUCUUGACGAAAGGCCCUGAAGAUGCCUCCAGGUCAUUUGUCAAUCACUUGAAGGUCAUCUCUCCCCAGCUGGCGGCGUUUUCGAAGACCACACCGGUGGUCUUCAAGCUUCAGGAUCAUUUGCAGAAACAUCACAGAAACCAAAUAGAAACCCGCCAAAACAUCGAUCGUUACAACAACAUCGCCAGGGACGUGCUGCCGAAGAGCGCCUCCUCCUUCGUCGUGUGGAGCAGCACCGUCCCUCUGUCGGAUCUCUACUUGGAGGUGUGCCGAAGGGAGGGCUCCGUCCUCCCUCACAAUUUCGACUGGAGGUGUUACGAUGAGAAGCACUUGGGAUACAUCGUGAUAGAUCAGUACCUCGACAUGUAUUUGAAUGAUAUUUGCUGUUGUUUCAAAAGAGGAAGAAGGUACGCUGUGGAAUAGUUAAGCAAAGGAUGUCUGUUUUAAGGUAGGAAGGUGUAUCAUGUGAUAAUAUGAGCAAAAUCAGUCGAAAUACAAGUAAUGUAGUAGAAAGACUAAGACCCAUUAAAAGCCUGGCCAGUCUGCUUAACCUAAGCAUACUCCUCCUUUGAAUAAUGCUGCUUAUUUUAAAAAGAUGCUGUUUAUAUGUGGUGUAUCUUGUCGAAAUAACAUGAUGAAACUGAAAUCAUAACAGCUUAGAUAGGUACCACGAAAUUAUGAUUCGUGGCCAAAUUAAAGUGAAAAGUAGUUUAAUGUAUGAUUUGAUAAUAGUGUAUAUUAAUUUGAAGAGUGAGACAGACUAUCACACCAACAUUAUGUUACGCCACGAAGGAGAUAAUAAUUCAUUUUAGCAUUUACUAAACCAUCUUUCUCAUGGUACUGUUUGUGCAGCCGGAUUGCGAGUACUUUCUGAGUAUGGAAGGUUAAUAUAUAUCAUACCUCCUUGUAUGUGUUAGAUGGCCCUCUCUCAAGCUAGCUGCUUUGUCCGGCACGGUGUGAAGGGAACGGAUGUAUCGAUCAAAUUGUCAAGGAUUUGUAAAGUGAAACAGUGCUUAAAAAAAUAUAGUAUAUGCGUGCGUUCUUGUCAAGUCACGCAAAAGUUUACUGGAUAGAAAUCUCUCUAUAAGGUCUCGGAUAUUUCUGUAUAUAUCAUUAGAACCUCUGCUUAGGGCGUCAUGUUUAUAGGCAGUUUCCUUAUUAUUAUUAUUAUUAUUAUUAUUAUUAAGUACCACUAUUUAAGAGAAUGGAAGAAUAGCAUAAUUUAAUUGAAAUGUAAGAACCAGCUCGAUAAACGUAUAAAUACAGAGAUCGCUUCACUCCAGAAUCAGGCCGGACAUUAAAAUAAUUAGGCUUCACGAGUAAUCGGAUAGAUAAGCACAUGACAUUUUGAAUACCAAUAAUCAAAUCUGAAAAUAUCAUACGAAUUAAUCCUAAUGCCUUAUUGACAUGUGUUGCCGAGACAUGAAAAUGAUAAUGUAAAUUU